GAUGGAUGAGUGAUCAGAUAUCCCUUGACAACUCAGUCGACGGGAUCGUGUCUGCCCUGGUCGACUUCUUGUUCUGGAUGCCGGCGGAGGGUUUCCAGGACUUUAUGCGUCGACUGUGGACGGUGUAUCAGGAGCGGCACGCCGGGCGGCUGGUGUCCACCUCGACACGGCUGAAGGCACUGGAGGCGGGCUUCAACAAGCUGGCCGUGCUUUACGCCGACCACACAUGGCAGGUGCCAUGGAGCGUCUGGAAGUCGGUGACUCUCGCGACCAAGAGCAGCCAGAAGAAGACACAGGUCUUCCGCAACAUCCUCACCGGCCGCUUCGAUCAUCAGCGAAGGCGGUGGUUUCGAGACUUCACGCGGCCCUCCAUCGUGCCGAGCGAGAAGGUCGUGAGGGGGGAGAUGGACAGCCUGUUGAAGAUCGUGGUGAAGGAUGAGCAGGCGGUCGGUGCUGCCGACAUGGGCGACGAUGAGGCUCACCGACAGCUCGGACGUCUCCCUGACCCAAACACGCUGGAGUUCUAUGUGCCGCCGAAGGAGAAGGGCAAGUCCUUCGGCAACACAUGGGUCGAUCCUGCCGACAUGUUCUUCCGCUUGUUCACUGACCAUCCAGCCAUCCUUUCGGAGUGUCUCGGCAUCACUCUGCCGAAGAGACCUCGCGGCAGCCGCGAGCCACCGACGAUCGACUUGGACGCGUGCUUCUCAGGCGACGGCAGCAUCUUUGCGAGAAGCAGGCACAACGCACAGGUUUGCUCACUUUGUUUGUUGUUUCUGUGUGUUGUUUGUCUCUUCCACAGGCUGUGACACUCGCCAUUCGCUUGCUGCCAAGUGAGGUCAGCCGUGAGAAGCCGGAGCCCCAGUUUUCCGCCAACUCGUUCGAGGCGGUCUUUCCCUGUCUGCUGGUUUACGGCAGCGAGAAGUGGGAGUCUCUGCUGCCCUACAAGGCGCGGCUCAACAGUGCACUCAGGAGGAUGAAGGAGGGAGUGGAGCUGACCAUCAACGGGCGCACCUAUCGUCUCAGAUUUCAUUUCUGCGCAACGUCUGACCAGGUAAGACAGUCACCCAUUCCACUCACUGUGAGUCACUGUGUACGUGUGUCUGUGUGCUGUGUGUAGUGUGUGCAGAAGUUUCACUCGAUCCAGAUGGGCCACGUCGGGCCGUCUGGCAACUUCGGUUGCCAGUUUUGCUUCACUCACAAGGACCACUACAACAGUGAGCUGCUCGCCCUCCAUUACCUCGGCUCUCCCAUCGACCCAAUCGCGGCCGUCGCACGCCCUCCCACCCGCACAGUCGCGGCAAUGAAGCAACGGGCCGCCAUCAGCGAGUCCAACAACGGUUGCUGGUUUUGUUUUCAUGUCUGGACUCUCAGAGUGGUUGGACGAGCGGGGGAUCCAAGUGCGAUUUCUACCUGUCAUCUGCAAGACGCACCCACGUCAGACACACCACAAAAAGGAAGCCGCACGCACCCGUCAUUUCUCAUUCUCGGUCUGCGUGAUUGAUGCAGCGGCCACCGUCAACCCAGCUGGAGCAACGGCCAACCCUCGGGCUGACCUGCUCGAGUUCGUGGAUGAUGAUCUCUUCGACGAGAUGGACCCGGCCGCCAUGGCACGCGAGGCGGCCGAGAACAAGGCCAUUCUGGGCGAGACGACCCUGGUGCUGGAGCUUUUGAACGGGCGCCUGCAUGCCCGCGACAUCAAGAGGUGGGUGGACGACAUGGUGUCGUUCAUGGAGCUCUUCGAGCAGUUGGACGAGUCGAGGACCAGCAGCUUCCAUGUGCUUCUCGAGAGCUACGCUUGGGUGUGGCCCUUCCUUCUGCGGUCUUGCAAGUCGACGGAGAAGCAGCAGGCGCUGUUCCGGACGGCUAUCUGGCAGAUCAGGAUGGCAGCUGUCGAGAGGUGAGGCGUCAGCAGCUCCAUUCAAUCAACCCAUGUAUGUGUGCUGCUUGUGUGUUUGUCAGCCUCGGUUGGGGCGACAUCUUUAGCCAGCCGUCCUUCCACCUCCUCAUGUGCCACUCCUUGUAUGGUGCCGUCAUCACAGCCGCAAGCCCAUCGGUGUGUCGAGCAACAUGAACGCCCAUGAGUCCAUGAACCACCAGCUGCACGAGAUAUUCGAGCGACAGACGAUGAAGGGCGGCGGAACAAGUGACAAGACCACCCUUCCCGUCGCCGCCAUCUCUCAGUCCGCCUCUCGUCUGCUGCUCGCCUCCAAGGGGCGAAUCGAGCAGUGGGUGUUUUGCAACGCGGCCAGCAAGAAGAGCACAAGGAUGCUGCCCCAAGACGAGUACGACAAGCCGCUCCCGCGCCUCAGGAGGUUCGUCAUCGAGAGGCGGAGCCGCAACCCACAAGGCGUGCAUCAGGGCGGCAUGACGGAGCCCACUGCUGAGUGGUGGGCCGAGCGGCUCGACACCGCCCGACAGUUGUAUGAGAGGGGUGACUUUUCUCGGUCGCGCCAGGAACUCGAGCAACGGGCAGCAGACCAGGCCGCUGCCAAGGCCAAGGCCAAGGCAAUGGCUAAGAUCAAGACCAAGGCCAAGGCAAAGGCUAAGGUCAAGGGCGCCAAGGGUGCCACGGAUCGAUGAGUGAGGAGUUCGACAGGCCUUGUUUGAGUGUCAUGUGUGUUGGCGAGUGAGUGAGUGAGUCAGUGGCUGAUUGAGCCGUUGAGCGAAUGAAUUGACUCACACCCAUUGUGAUUGACCUUGUGCACAUGUCUGUACAGCGAUGGAUGCAAUCAACACGUCAUGCAAU